ACAGAAAAAUCAGGAAAAUUCCAAUACAUAAUAUCAGUUUCAGCAUUCACUACAUAGUAAUAAAUAAAAUGGCAUCUCGAUGGUAUUUCUCUGUUCUUCUCCAUGCCUUCGUGUUUGCAACUGUUGCAAGCUUAGGUUUCUCUCAGUUGACACCUAAUUACUACGAUUACUCUUGCCCCAAUGCUUUGAGCACCAUCAAGAGUGUGGUAGAGGCUGCAGUGCAGAGAGAGAACCGUAUGGGCGCUUCAUUGCUGCGCUUGCACUUCCAUGAUUGUUUCGUUAACGGUUGUGAUGGUUCGAUUCUGCUAGACCCUUCACCCACCAUUGACAGUGAAAAGAAUGCAUUUGCAAAUGUUCAAUCUGUAAGAGGAUUUGAAGUUGUGGAUGAGAUCAAGCAAGCUGUGGACCAGGCAUGUGGAAAACCAGUUGUUUCUUGUGCAGAUAUAUUGGCUAUUGUCGCUCGUGACUCUGUUGUUGCGUUAGGUGGGCCAACCUGGGAAGUGCAACUAGGAAGAAGAGACGCCACCACAGCAAGCCGUGACGCAGCAAAUGCAAACAUUCCAGGACCGUUUUUCAGCCUCUCUCAACUCAUCACCAACUUCAAGAACCAUGGUCUCGAUGAGAAGGACCUUGUUGUUCUUUCUGGAGGCCACACCAUUGGAUAUGCACGUUGUUUUAACUUCAAGGCCCACAUCUACAAUGACUCAAACAUCGAUCCCAGCUUUGCACAAUAUCUCAAAUACAUUUGCCCUAUCAAUGGCGGUGACCAAAACCUUGCUCCUUUGGACUCAACACCCGCCAACUUUGACGUAUCUUAUUACUCUAAUUUGGUUAACAAGAUUGGACUUCUUCACUCUGAUCAAGAACUCUUCAAUGGUGUUUCUACUGAUGCACUUGUUCAACAGUACAGUUACGACAACCAAGCUUUCUUCCGAGACUUCGCUAAUUCUAUUGUCAAGAUGGGAAAUAUUCAGCCUCUUACUGGGAAUCAAGGUGAAGUUCGUGUUAAUUGCAGGAAAGUGAACUCUUAUUAAACGAAACUAAAAGUGAGGUAUAUGCUCAUAUAUACUUAUGUAUUAGAAAUUUCAGGGUUAAAAUCCAUUAUCAAUUCCUAUGUAUGUACUCAUUCUCUUCUUUGAUUUGUGCGAAUAUCUAUAAACGUUCAUAAACUAGUGCUAUGUGUAUGGAAUAAAUGGGUUCCAUUGUAUGUUCACAAUUGGGAUUCUUAAUAUGCUAGCCAAGCUUGAUCAGCCUUGUUUCUCUU